UUAUUAUCUUUUAAUUAUAGCUCACGCUUCCUCUGAUCCCUCUCUUCUCCCAACUCUCCACUCCCGCACCGCACGCACACGAAACCGAUUUCCCUCCGCCGCAACCGGAGCUCACCUCACCUCGCCGGAGAAGAUCCGCCAUGCCUCGCGUGCCUCUCCCCCUCCUCCUCCUCGUAGCCCUCCUCGUCGCCGGCGGCGGCGGCGCCGCGGCGGAGACGAAGCCGACGGCGUACGAGGCGCUGGCGACGUUCGACUUCCCGCCGGGGAUUCUCCCCAAGGGGGUGGUCUCCUACACCCUCGACGACGCCACCGGCGACUUCACCGCCACGCUCAACACCACCUCCACCUGCGCCUUCUCCAUCCAGGGCUCCUACUCCCUCCGGUACCAGCGCCGGCUCUCCGGCCGCAUCGCCGCCGACCGCCUCACCAACCUCCAGGGCGUCUCCGUCAAGAUCCUCUUCCUGUGGGUCAACAUCGUCGAGGUCACCCGCCACGGCGACGAGCUCGGCUUCUCCGUCGGCAUCGCCUCCGCCGACUUCGGCAUCGACAACUUCCUCGAGUCCCCGCAGUGCGGCUGCGGCUUCGACUGCCACGACCACCGCGAUCUGUCGCUGCCGCUUCCGCUGCCGGAGCCCAGCCUGCGGCUGCGAGGUGCGUUCUAGAAUCCUCCUCCUCCUCGAUCCUUGGAGGUUGCUGCUCUAAAGCAAUUCUUGGAUAAAUGCUGUUGGUGUGAGCUGCAAGAUCCAAAUCUAUCUUUAGAUGGGUUAAUAAACAAGAAUUGGUAGAUCCCCAACUUUUUGAUGGGAUAGGAAAUUCAGAGCUCGAUUUCGUAUGUUUCUGCACUGUUUCAGACAGUUUAGAGAGAAUCACAGGAGAAAGUAAGAUCAGCUGAAUUUUCUUGUAUGCAAAUUCUUUGGGAACUAUACCGAGAAAAAAAAAUAACUCAAUGGAAUUAUGUUCUUUAGCUUGUA